AUGUCCAGUGACUUCUACUUUGGAAGCAUUAGAGAAGGCUUUUCAAAGGAAUGGUUAAACUUAAGCAUAGGCCAGCAAGAGAAAGCCGCUGAUACAGAGAAAAUUUCUCAAUCAAAUUCAAUUUCCAACAAGGUUUUCACUUGCAGCUUCUGCAAGAGGAAGUUUCUUAGUUCACAAGCGCUCGGUGGCCACCAGAACGCUCAUAAGAGAGAACGAAUAGAAAUCAAAAGGUAUGAAUACGAGAGGCGAAUUGCAGCGAAUAGUUUGUUUGCAACUCAAAACGUGGCUAUGCAACUUGGUGUUCAGCCUCAUUCACUUGUCCACAAAUCAAACAAAGAACAAGAUGCUAUAAUUGCACGAAGAUUCAUUAAUAAUGCCAAGCAGACAUUUCAAGUCGAAAGAGCAGCAAUGACGCCUGAAAAUGAAACGGCAAAGUGGCCAGGAAGCUUCUACACCUCCGCCAGCCAGCAUAAACAACCAUCAGAGUUGCUUAAACUUGACCUGACACUGAGACUCUAA